AUUCAUUGGCUGCACAUAUGUCUUCAACUGUUCAAUAAAAUAUGUCAGAAGGUUUGGUUAGCUGUCCCUGUUGUUAUGCGCCAACCCGGAAAUUAACAAUGCCUUGCUGAGGUGCAGCCAGCUGGAAUAACUAGUGCUGAGCUGGUGCAAGAUUGGGCAGUUGACUUGUGAUAAAUUGUGAGUGGUUGAAGAAGUGCAGAUCAAAGUUCGACUCAUCUGAAGGAGCAUUUCAUUAAGUACAACCAAAAGUCAGAAUAGCUGUCCCUAUUAUUCUACGUCAAACCAAAAAACAAUGCCCGGUGCUGAGCUAAGAAGACUCCUCUGUGGAAGUGUUUUAUUAAGUAGUACAGCCAAAACGGAGAAGAAGGUAAUCGAUGGAAGCGACCAUCACUUCUCCCCCAGAAAGUCAAUGCUCGCACGCAUCUAGCUUGCUCACACCACCGUUCUCUUCUUCAUCCUGGACUGCAACUGGGAUUCCCCGUGUUCCGCGUGUGUCGUGAGCUCUGAGCAUUCCAAUGGCAGAGCCGGUGGCCACCAUGGUGGUCGGGCCGCUGCUGUCCACUGUGAAGGAGAAGGCGUCCAGCUACCUCCUGGACCAGUACAAGGUGAUGGAGGGCAUGGAGGAGCAGCACAGGGUCCUCAAGUGCAAGCUGCAGGCCAUCCUGGACGUCAUCACCGACGCCGAGCAUGCCGCGUCCCACAGAGAAGGGGCCAAGGCUUGGCUUGAGGAGGUCAAGACGGUGGCCUACGAAGCGAAUGAGAUCUUUGAUGAGUUCAAGUACGAGGCGCUCCGCCGUGAGGCCAAGAAGAAUGGGCAUUACAGCAAGCUCGGCAUCGAUACAGUAAGAUUCUUCGUCACUCACAACCGUUUUGCGUUCCGUGACAAAAUGAAGAAGAAGCUAUGCAGAAUCUUGCAGGCCAUUGAGGUCCUUGUGGCUGAGAUGAACGCCUUUGGGUUUAAGUAUCAGCAGCAAGCACCAAUAUCCAUGCACUGGCAGCAGAUGGAUCCUGUUAUCUCUGAUCCAAAGAAAAUCAUUAGCAGAUCGAGAAGCCAAGAUACUAAGACUAUUGUUGAUACACUACUUUGUCAAGCUAGCAAUGCAAAUCUCACAGUUGUUCCCAUCGUUGGGAUGGGGGGGCUAGGCAAGACCACCUUAGCGCAACUCAUUUACAAUGAACCUGAAGUUCAGAAGCAUUUCGAGUUGCUGAUAUGGGUUUGUGUCUCUGACAGCUUUGAUGUGGAUUCCUUGGCUCGAAGAAUUGUUGACUUUCAUCUUAAAAAUAGUAUAAUUAAAGCACCUUUUAAGAAGGGCCCAUUGGAUAGCCUCCAAAUUGUACUAAGCGGGCGUAGAUACCUCCUUGUCUUGGAUGAUGUACGGAACCGAGAGAGCGAUAAGUGGAAAAAGCUCGAGGUCCGCCUUACACAUGGUGCUAAGGGCAGUGUGGUUCUGGCAACUACUCGUGAUGAAGGAGUCACGAAAAUAAUGGGUACAGUUAAAGCCUAUAAUCUCGCAGCUUUGGAGGAUAACUUUAUUGAGGAAAUUAUCGAGUCAAGAGCAUUCAGUCUGCACAAGGAAGAAGAAAGGCCGGUCAUGCUAGUUAAUAUGGUUGGUGAGAUCGCGAAGAGAUGUCGUGGCUCUCCUUUGGCGGCAGCCGCACUGGGCUCUAUGCUGCGUACAAAGACCAGCAAAGAAGAAUGGAAGGCUAUAUCGAGAAGAAGCAACAUUUGCACCGAGGAGUCUGGAAUUUUACCAAUACUGAAGCUCAGCUACAAUGACAUGUCAUCACAGAUGAAGCAAUGCUUUUCUUUCUGUGCUGUGUUUCCCAAGGAUUAUGAGAUUGACGUGGACAAACUGAUCCAACUAUGGAUCGCACAUGGCUUUAUCAUGGACCAAAAAGAAGUUAGUCCUGAAACCAUUGGCAAAUGGAUUUUCAAUGAGCUGACCUCAAGGUUAUUCUUUGUGGAUGUGAAAAAAGUCCGAGUCUCACGGUAUGAAUAUGCGCGCCCGGUGGUGGGUGAUUAUCCCAAACAUACAUGUAAAAUCCAAGAUCUUAUGCAUGAUGUUGCAUUGUCUACAAUGGAAAAAGAAUGUGCUCUUGCACCUAAGGAACCACGUCAGAUUGAGUGGCUUCCAGAUACAGCUCGCCACUUAUUUCUGUCUUGUGGACAACCAGAAACUAUUUUGAAUGAAUCUGUGGCGAAAAGAUCUCUGGCUAUCCAGACACUUAUGUGUGAUUGUUAUAUAGAAAUGGGAGUUCGCUUUCAGCAUUUAUCAAAAUACAACUCUUCGAAGGCAUUACGGUUCCUUUUAAAUUGGGGCGGACAAUUCCAUUUGAAACCAAAGCAUCUGCAUCACCUAAGGUACCUUGAUCUCUCAAGAAGUUAUAUCAAACCACUUCCUGAAGAUAUAAGCAUUUUAUACAGCCUGGAAACAUUGAACAUAUCUUGCUGCUACUCACUUCGUCGGCUUCCAAGAAAAAUGAAGUAUUUGACCGCCCUCCGUCACCUAUACACUCAUUGUUGUCCGAAGUUGAGGAGCAUGCCUGGUGGUCUCCAAAAACUCAUGUCCCUGCAGACACUUACAUGUUUUAUAGCAGGUCCUACUGGCUCUAAGUGCAGUGCCAUUGGAGAGUUGCAACAUUUAAACCUUGGUGGUCAGCUAGAGCUAACUCAACUAGAGAAUGUGACAGAAGAAGAUGCAAAAGUGGCAAAUAUCGGCAAUAAGAAGGAACUGCGAGGCUUGACAUUAAAAUGGAGCGUUGGUUGUGCUGAUGAUGCUAGAGUGCUCAAGAGUCUGAAACCUCAUGAUGGACUGCUGGGUGUAAGGAUAGAAUCCUACGGAGGCACCACCUUUCCGACAUGGAUGGCUAUGUCCAGAAACAUGGUUGAGAUCCAACUUUUCCAGUGUGAAAAACUGCAAUGGCUAUUCGGUUGUGAUACCACCUUCGCUUUUCCAAAUAUGAAGGAGCUUACACUACAAGAUCUGCAUUGUUUGGACAGAUGGUGGGAAACAAGUAACGAGGUACAAGGACAAGAGAUAAUGUUUCCUCGGCUUGACAAGUUAUCUAUUGUUAGCUGUGCAAAGUUAACUGCGUUGCCGGACGCAACACUGCUUGGAGAACCUCAUGGUAUGGCACGGUCAGCAUUUCCAGCAUUGAAGGAACUCUACUUGGAUUUCUUGGACAACUUUUGGAAAUGGGAGGCAACCGAGGGAACACAGAGAGGACACAUGGUAUUUCCUAAGCUUGAGAAACUUACAAUUAUGAAUUGUUCUAUCCUGACAGCAUUACCGGAAGCACCGGUUGAUGGAGAUUAUAGUAUGGCACGGUCAGCGUUUCCUGCAUUGAAAGUUCUGAAAUUGAAAUGCUUGAGCAGAUUCGAGAGUUGGCAUGCAGUCGAAGGAUCUAUGCGAGAAAAGUUAAUGUUUCCUCAGCUUGAGCAAUUGGUUGUCAUACACUGUGAAAAUAUGACAACAUUAUGUGGGCAACGGACCUUCCCUAGCCUUCAGGAGAUCCGUAUCGAGUUUUGUCCAAAGCUGAGAACAAAAGCUAAAUCACCAAAGCUCAGCGUGUUACACAUGGAGGGAAAUGAGGAAGAGAUGUUCCUGUGGGUAGCUAGACAUAUGACGUCACUGACCAAUCUGAAACUGAAGAACCUUGAAGACACGCAAUCAACCUUGGAGGCGGCUGGUCGUAGUUUGACACAAGUGGUGGGCGCCAUGGAAAAAUGGAAUCGAGAUGAUUUCCCUAUGGCAAUUAUGCACUUGAGUGGCUUCAAGUCGGGUGUAACUGAGCUAUGUGCAUGUUUUGUACGGCUUCAAUGGUUGUACAUCAAUGAUUGUGAUGCGCUUGUCCACUGGCCAGAGAAAGAGUUCCAAGGCUUGGUAUCCUUGAGGAGUCUAGAGAUUUCUUACUGCAAGCAACUGGUUGGAUACACACAAGCUCCUGCAGCUGAGCCAUCAGCAACAUUAGAAUCCUCGAUUCAGCUCCUGCCAAGCCUCGGGUAUCUCAAGAUAUUUCAGUGUGAAAGCAUGGUAGAGGUCUUCAAGCUCCCUGCAUCGCUGAGGAAAAUGGAAAUUCUUGAUUGUUCUAAGCUCAGGUCCAUAUUCAGUAGGAGGCUGCAACUGGAACAGGGAUCAUCAUCGAGUCUUCAACGGCGAUCGCCUGUAUAUUCAGAGUUGUCAUCGUCAUCAGCUGUAUCCAGGGCAGAGCAUUCUCUCUUUCCAUGUUUAGAAUCUAUAUACAUACGGGGGUGUCAUAGCUUAACAGGGAUCCUUGAUCUUCUGCCGUCGCACAAUGAAAUUAAAAUUACCGUUUGUUAGUGCCGUGGGUUGAGAUCAGUGGAUUCUCACUGGGGAGAGAUGCCAUCGUUGUUGGAGAAACUUGAGAUCGGAGGAUGUGAAACCCUGUCAUCCCUACCAGAUGUCAACUUUGAUGCUAGAUUAUCAUUUACAAAUUUACUGUAUGUGACACCAUUUGUGAUCAU